GCGUCGAACGUAUGACGUAAUUCGUCGAUAUGAUCGUUAAGUCUCGCCAGUGGAGUAGCAGAAAGGAUACAAAAAACAGCAGGAAAGGAUAUGAGGGAUGUCCAAUGAAUAUUAUGGAUGGGUGAUACCACUGAUUUUAUUGUUGAAUCGAUAGCAAAUAAGACUAAGACGUCCCCCUGCAGGGCUGUGGCCAGCUUCAGCAUGGACCAGAAACCUCCCCAGCUAAGUGUGGCAGAUGUGAAGGAGGAAGCACAGGACGUCCUCAUAUCGGAUGUGGACGGGGCCGGGCACAGCAGCCCUGACGAGAAAGAAGAGAGUACAGUGUGUCCCGUCUUUAAUGGGGAGGUGAAAGAAGAAACAGUGUUUCAGGACGUGACUGAGGAGAAGAUGACUGUCCCUCUUCAGGUAGACGAUACUGAAGGGAGACGGAGAACAAGAAGAGGGUGUGUCAGACCUCCUAACCCAGUCCAAGCUCUCAUACCAGGGAGGAGAGUGAAGAAGUUCCUCUGUUCUCACUGUUCCUCGUCCUACACAUCAGAGACUUGCCUCCAGAGACACGUGAAGAAAUCCCACCCUGAGGAGCUUGGCUCUGCUGUGAUACUGAAAGUUCAUUGCUGUUCCCCUUGUGGGAAGACUUUCACUACUUUAAGAAACCUAAAAGCACACCAGCUGAGUCAUACAGGGGAGAGGCCCUACCAGUGCUCCCAGUGUGAGAAGAGUUUCAAUCAAGUAGGAAGCCUAAAGGUGCACCAGCGAACUCACACAGGUGAGAGACCGCAUCAGUGUUCACAUUGUGAGAAAAAUUUCACUCAGUCAGGCGACUUAAAAAGGCAUAUGCGGACUCAUGGUAUAGAGAAACCCUAUCACUGUUCACAGUGUGGGAAGAGCUUCACUUGGUCCAAAGACCUAAAAACACACAAACAAGGUCACAUAGUAGAGAAACCCUACCUCUGCUCCCAGUGUGAUCAUAGAUUCACAGGCAUUGAAGAACUAAAGAUGCAUGAGCAAAGUCAUACUGGUGGGAAGCCCAACCAGUGCUCCCACUGUGGAAAGAGCUUCAGUCAAGUUGGAACCCUAAAAGCACAUGAGCGGACUCACACAGGGGAGAGGCCCUACCAGUGCUCCCAGUGUGGGAAGCGUUUCAGUCAGGUAGGAAGCCUAAAGAUGCACCAGCGGACUCACACAGGUGAGAAACCCCAUCAGUGCUCGCAUUGUGGGAAAAAUUUCACUCAGUCAGGUGACUUAAAAAGGCAUAUGCUAACUCAUGGAAUAGAGAAGAACUAUCAUUGUUCCCAGUGUGGGAAGAGCUUCAUUUGGUUCAAAGACCUAAAAACACACCAACAAGGUCACAUAGUAGAGAAACCCCACCUCUGCUCCCAGUGUGGUCACAGGUUCACAUGCGUUGAAGAAUUAAAGAAGCACAAGCAGAGUCAUACAGAUGAGAAGCCCUACAAAUGUUCCGAAUGUGGAAAGAGCUUCAGACAUUCAAUUAGCCUGAAAGUUCAUCAAAGGACUCACACGGGGGAGAGGCCCUACCAGUGCUCUCACUGUGAGAAAAGAUUCAGUCAGAUAGGGAACCUGAAGACACAUCAGCGGACUCACACAGGAGAGAGGCCACACCAUUGCUCAGAGUGUGGAAAGACCUUCACUGAACUGAGAGUCCUACAGACGCACCAGCGGACUCACACAGGAGAGAGGCCCUACCAGUGCUCAGAGUGUGGAAAAAGUUUUAGCCACUUAGUUGGCUUAAAGACACAUCAACGAACUCACACAGGAGAAAAGCCUUAUCACUGCUCAGAAUGUGGUAAGAGUUUCAGUCAGUUAGGCAAUUUAAAGGCACACCAACGAACUCACACAGGAGAGAGGCCUUACCAGUGCUCCCAGUGUGCAAAGACUUUUAUUCAAUUAAGGGAUCUUAAGACACACCAGCAAAUUCACACCGGGGAAAGACCAUACCAGUGCUCCCAGUGUGGGAAUAGAUUUACCUGCUUAAGGAACCUAAAGUCACACCAGAAGACUCACACAGGGGAGAGGCCUUACCAGUGCUCCCAGUGUGGGAACAGUUUCACCUGCUUAAGAAACCUAAAGUCACACCAGCAGGCACACACAGGGGAGAGGCCCUUCCAGUGCUCCCAGUGUGAAAAAACCUUUGUUCGGGUAGGAGACUUAAGAAAACACCAGCGAAUUCACACAGGGGAGAGGCCACAUCAGUGCUCCCAGUGUGGGAAGAGCUUCUCUUUAUUAAAAGAUUUAAAGAAACACCAGCGUACUCACACAGGAGAAAAGCCAUAUCUCUGCUUUCAGUGUGGGAAGCGGUUCAGUGAAGUAGGAAACCUAAAAGCUCAUCAGCGUAUCCACACUGGGGAGAGGCCCUACCACUGCUCAGAGUGCAGGAAGACGUUUGGUCAGUCAUCAGAACUGAAGAGACACCAACAGACUCACACAAGUGAGAUGCCCUACCAGUGCUCCCAGUGUGGGAAGAGUUUCCGUCUCCUACGCUACCUGAAGUCACACCAGUUGACUCACUCAGGAGAAAAACCCUAUCAUUGCUCUAAGUGUGGAAGAAGUUUUGGUCGUUUAGAAUAUGUAAAGAUUCAUCAGCUGACUCACACAGGGGAGAGGCCCUACCAGUGCUCCCAGUGUGGGAAGAGCUUCAGCCAGUCAAGCAGUCUAAGAGCACACCAGCGAACUCACACAGGAGAAAGGCCUUAUCACUGUUCUCAUUGUGCAAAGACUUUUAUUCGAUUAAGAGAUCUUAAGACACACCAACAAACUCACACUGGGGAAUAACCCUGCUAGUGUUCCCAUUUUGGGAAAAGUCUUCCCCGCUUUGGAGACCUAAAGUCACACAGACUUACACAGGGGUGAUCCGUUACCAGUGCUCCCAAUAUGAAAAACAAAUGUUGGGAUAGGAGACUAAAAACACCAGUGGAUUGACAUGGGAGAAAAGCCAUAUCUUUCUUAAGUGGGGGAAGCAGUUCAGUGAAGUAGGAAACCCACAUAGGAGAGAUGCCCUAUCACUGCUCAGAGAGCAGGAAGAUGUUUGGUCAAUCAUCAUAACUAAUGAGACACCAGUGGACUUACACAGGCGAGAGGCCCUACCAGUGCACCCGGUGUGGGAGGAUCUUCAGUGAGGAAAACUUAAAGGGGCAGUUCAUCCCAGAACUGAAAAAGAUAUAUUUCAAUAGGGCUUUAGUGCUAUCUAUCCAUCUAGGUUGCCCUGCUGGGAGUUGCCUAGUUAUGAAGAUAUCGGCCAUAGAAAUGUCGCGCUUCUCUCGAAUAUAAUGGAAGUGAAUGGCGUUCUUUCUGUGGUGAUUAAAGCGCCCAAAAGAUACAUUUGAAAAAUUCAACAGCAAUGUCUCCUACCAGAAAUUAUGACCUGGUUACUCAAGAUAAUCCACAGACUUUGUAGUAAGCAGUUUAAUGUAGGAACUAUAUUCUUCUACCAAACUCCACACACCAAACGUAUCACUACACUGAAGAUACGAGCAUGAGCACCCUGGUGAUAUCUUCUGCACAGUGUUUGGAGUUGUGGAGUUGUACAGAGGAACCUACUGACUGUUUAUUUCUUUGUCAGUUAAUGUUUGGCUCAGAUCAGCAAUUUCAACCAGUGUUUUUGUGUUGCUGAAGCUGUCCCUAUUAAUGCUGGCUUCCCUACCGUGUUGGCCCUUUCCCUACGGCACACAAAACAUCACCAAAACUAACAGUUUAAACACUUUUUCACAUGCUUGACACACCAUUCUCACCUCUUUUGCUGCCAGCAGCAAUCUCUUCUCUGUUCUUUGCAUUUGCGCUUUCUCCUGCUCUUUGCGCUAUACCUGACUAGGUGACAAGUCAAUAAUAUAUGAACCUACUAAACAGGGUGCAGUUCAUCUCAUUAAUAAUAAAUACACGUCUUUCUAAAACCUAGGUGAAGCCUUUCAUCAAAGUGCUUUCAUCAAACCCCCCCAUUACAUGCUUAGGGGUAGAUUUUUUUUAACGUGCCACAUUAAGCCAUUUUCUUACUGUAUAAUGAGUUUAAAUGAGAAAACAUGACGUACAAAUUCUUGCCCUGCUUUUUAGGUGUGCCAUCAUUCUCCGUAUGAAAUGUGUUUAAAAUAAAAAUUAUAUGUGCACAAAUCACAAGAUCCUGCCACAAAUUUCAGGCCCUGCACUGUGUGAAAAUGACCUCACCUUGGGGUGCCCUAUGCUGCCCCUGUCACUCUGCUCCACCCUGUCAUCUCUUCCAAACACAGCCUGAAUUUCCUAAAUUAAAUAUUGGCACAAACACAACAGACAUAAAAGUGACUAGGAGACAGCAUGUUCUCUUACAAUUAUACAGCAGUAGAAGUAAAUUCAGGGGAUUUAUUGAAUAUCUUGUUAGGAAAAAAAAUCUGUCUGCCAGAGCUCAUUGCUGAAGACACUAUUUAUUAACAGAUCGACAACACAGAAUAACCGCAGUCCGCGAGUCAAUUACAUACCACAGUUUUAGUAAAGUGUGGGUAACUCAGCGUGAUGUCACAUAAAAUACUGUGAUCAAUCAGUCGAGCCCAGAUAGAUUAAGAUGAUAAUUAGGCAUCACUACAUCUCCCUUUUUCCAAAGACAAAAGAUAAAGAAUGUUCUGUCAGCCCCCCC